CCGAUCGCUCCCGAUCUCUCCCUCUUGCCUCUCUUUCUGAUAUCCCGACUGCGAGACCGCCUUCCUCUUCCAUAUUUGGAGCGGAAAACCUUUCUCUUCCUCUCAAUUUACCCAUCCUCUUCAAUUUUCUUUACGGCGGGAAAGAUGUCGGGGAAAGGCGCCAAAGGUCUGAUCACGGGCAAAGGUUCCGCCAGUAACAAAGACAAGGACAAGAAGAAACCCGUCUCUCGCUCUUCUCGUGCCGGCCUCCAGUUUCCAGUGGGUCGGAUCCACCGACUUCUCAAGUCACGGACUACAGCGCAUGGCAGAGUAGGAGCCACUGCUGCUGUUUAUUCUGCUGCCAUCCUGGAAUAUUUGACUGCAGAGGUGUUAGAGUUGGCUGGAAAUGCAAGCAAGGAUCUCAAGGUGAAACGCAUCACUCCCAGACACUUGCAGCUUGCCAUCCGUGGUGAUGAGGAGCUUGAUACGCUGAUCAAAGGAACCAUAGCUGGUGGUGGUGUGAUCCCUCACAUCCACAAGUCUCUAAUUAAUAAGUCUUCCAAGGAGUAGAUCCCAUAUGAUUUUAUACAGAACUCUCUGCAACGUCUCCAUCCAAAAUUUAUCUCCCCACUGAAAUUGUGGACUCUGUAGUUCCUGCUAUGAACGUGGAAUCAUGCAGUUAUGUAUUUUAUUUGUCACCAGCGAUGCCUUAUUUCUUUGCUAGGUACUGGACUUAGUUUCCUCUCUUUGUGGAUGAUGACGCCUAUUAACAAUCCUGGUUUGGCUUAGAAGCCGUAGUUACGCCUGGUUGAUGUAAAUGACUGGCUUUAGGAUGUCAGAUGUAUUAAUUAUUAGAUUGGAUGCUGCUUUAAUAUAAUGAAAUCAUUUCG